AUGUCUGACAAAAUACUACCAGUCUUCCGCGGCGUGACCGCGUCUGUGAUUGGUAUCGUCAAAGGCUUAAUAAGUACGAUCAGAAACAGAUAUUAUACAUACAAGAACAGAGCCCCUCCUCAAAGACCACCGCUACUUCUCACAGAAUGGGGGAUGGCACUUCAGCUUCUUUGCCAGAUCGCCAUAAUUACCACCAUCUCUGUACUUUGGCAUGUAUCAAACACAAACAACGGACUAGCUACUGUCGGAGACAAUCCAGACCCUUCAUUUGACUCAAAGGGAUUCCAUCCUCCUCCAAUUCUGAGCUCGUCUAUUGUCUGGGCUACUGUCCCAGCGUGGAUCAUGUCGGCUUAUUCUUCUCUAUGGUCUGCAAUGCUUGAUUCACUAAAGAAGGUCUAUCUUCUUCUCGAACUCGAUAAAGAUCUUCAAAAGCCUUUACCAGGUACCGAACUCUUUCUGAAAAUCUGGACACGAUACUUUCGUCAUCAGUCCACUCAGUCCCAAUCUACCCCACAAUCGAAGGGCUCCACGAUUGAAAAGACCUUGUUACUGGACUACGGAGAGUGGCCUGUCAUAAAUGGCUUCCGGGCCAUGAGGGCAGGCCAUGUUCUCUUGGGCAUAUGUCUCCUCUUACGAGCAGCUCUCUGGACUGCAGGCGGCCUCACUGCGGCAAUCUUUGCGACAACUCUGGUUCCUUCUGAAACGCCCGCCACUCUUUACAGUGUCAAAGCCUUUGACGAGUAUCUUGGUUGGGACGAAGGAAAGGGGACUGGCAACUCAUCAGUAACACCAGCAUUCGACAUCGUGAGUGCCACAGUUUUAAGAAGCGGUGAUAACUAUCCUUGGACAACCGAUACACAUUCUUUCUUGCCAUUCAUCCCAGUUUCUAAAGAUUUCAGGGGAAACUACACCUUUGCCACUGAGUCAUACUCCUCGAAUCUCGACUGUACUGUCGCCACAGAAGAGGAUCUAGACAAGAUCAGGGGGUUAAGUCUUGAUCUCCAGGAAGGUGAUGACUUUGAUUCUGCUCAAAUUCGUUUCAGAUUCAAGCAUGAGGGCUGUGAGGUUAAUAAGUGGUUCACCCUUACAAACAACACCCUUCAGUACGCGAGAACCUGGUCUACCGACUGCGGUUUAAACAGUGGCCGAGCAAGAUUCGGAAUGUUUUCAGGGAGCUACAACGCAACCGAAAGAUUUCAUCUUUCCAACCUUACGGUUGUGACUUGUCAGCCUCUGAUAUACAAGUCCAAUGUCACGCUGGAAAUGUCAUUUCUCAACGACACCGCAACUCCCAAGGUAAUCAAAUUCUUAGAGAGUGGCAGACAGCAGUUCUGGCCAUUUUUCAUUUCCAGUUGGCUGCGGGAUAUACCCCGGUACUCACUCUUUGAUCCCACUAUAUACAAUGAUAUGGAUAACUUCUCGCGUCUAGUCAUAGGACAUGCCUCCGGAGAGGCAAUCCUAGACACCCUGCCGGACAAGCAAAAGAUUACCGAUUCCUUCAGCGUCAUCUUUGCCGCUCUCUUUUCCAACUUCGUGACCUUGGAAGGCUAUUCUAGUGCACAAAGACGCGAGGUUUCCGGUACAAUGUCCCGGUUGCGGCUUCGGCUGUUUGUAGUGAAGUCUGCUGCGAUAGCUACAGUAGUUAUCCUUGCCGUCACAUUUGUCACCACUGUCAUUCUGGCACUUCACCUGCACCGCAAUCGGCAUAUCACUAGCCUGUAUAUGGACCUCUUACUGGGCACUGCAAUACUACUACGAAAUGGUAGCUCUAGUGGCCUUGACAGCUACUUGAACGGCCGUGUAGUAUCAAGUAAUGUCCCCAGCCACGGGACAUAUGGGAGUAAUCUUGUGGAAGCUGAAAAGAGGAAUUCGGAUGUGAAAAGUCGUGAAGUAAUCAGACUUGAGCAAUUAGUCAAGGCCCCAGACUAUGGUGUUUGUGUAGCAUUGUCUGAUACGCUGGGUUAG